UUUGGUAGACGGUCAUUCUGCGGGAAGCACACAUCAUAUUGUUUUUAUUUCGUUCACACAGUCACACUCAGUCACACACUCCAUGUCAGUCACUUAUUUUGUUCCCAAAUCAGCAGUGUUCUGAAUCAAUUAAUAAGUAAACAAAAUGGCUACCUUUAAUGAACUACAACAAGUGUAUUUAGAAUACACUCAUAAUCUUCUACCUGGCACUAUCGGACUGAGUUUUCCUGACUUCUGUACUGGAUACAAUGUUUUCACAGAGCAACCGGCUUUCCCUGCUUUACAUGGGGCUAAUGAAGAGCAAGCAGCAACCAACUAUAGAAAAAAACCUGUUGAUGUUGAACAGCUGAAAGAUUAUCUUGCAUGUGAUUUCAAAAUUCGUGGGAUUUCUGUUUUGAUGCAGAUCAGUGAACCAACUCUUAAACGCAGAAUCAAGGAAUAUGGUUUAUCAAUAAGAGGAAGCUACUCCAACAUUUCUGAUAAUGAUCUCGAUAUUGUCAUUGCCAACAUGCUCAAAAGGUUUCCCAAGUUUGGUCUACAGUUGUUGCAAGGCAAACUUGUUGCAGAUGGGUACAAAUUGCAAGAAAAGCGUUUGCGAGCUUCCUAUGCUAGAAUUGGGCUGAAGAAGGCUAAACCUGGCUUGAAACAGAUUCCUCGUGUGGUUUAUCACGCAGAUUCCCCUUUACAAAUGCGGCACAUGGAUGGAUUCCACAAAUUUGAUGGAUGGGGAUUUGUUGUUCAUGGAAUUGUUGAUGGAUAUAGUAAGGCGAUAGUGGGAAUGCAAGUUAGUGACAACAACCACUCAGAGACUGUUGUCAAACUAUUGCAUUCUAGCUGCAUCAUUUGGGGAACUCCAGCUUGUUUAAGAACUGAUCGAGGAGGAGAAAAUGUAUUAGCAGCUGAUUAUAUGUUAAAUGUACGGAGGGUGUAGAUAAAAAAAAAAUGCCAAUAAAUCCAAAAUGUUAAACUAA